CCAUGCCCUUGUGAAUUGAGCUUCCAAUCCUGUGAAUCACAGACCACGAGCCCUUCUGUUCUCCUCUCUGCACGUUGCUACAAAAAAAGCAACGGUUUCUUCCUUCUUCAUCAUCUUCUUCUGCCAUCUAGGGUUCAGUUUCCGAUGAACUAACCACGAUCUGUGUCUACGCGUGCGUUCUCUCUGCAUUGCGAUGGAGGAAUCUUCCUACACCGGCCUCCCAACUAGCCACUUGCUCGGUUCAGUUCCCGCUGCCAUAACUGAAGAUAAUAAUAGCUCGAAACAUGCGCCGGCCCCAGCCCCAGGCCCUGGUGCAAAUAUGCAAAAUUUCCCUCCACGGAAUGGAGGAGACGGGGGACGAGGAUAUCAAACUAUUGGCAGUCCUACUGAAGCUUUUGAACAACAGCCAGCAAACAACUGGAGAGGAUUUUUUAACGUCUCGUCUUACUCACAAUAUUUCAAUAUAGAUACGGAUGAUGUCAUAACCAGAUUGAUAAGUUCCUUGAACCCAGUUGCUGGAGACUUUUUCAGCAAGAUAGAUGCUAACCCUGAUUUAUAUGGGCUUGUCUGGAUUUCAACAACAUUGGUGUUUAUACUUGCCUCCCUUGGAAAUCUUGGUACAUACCUCAUGCAAAAACAUGCAGAUAAAAGUUCCUCUUGGAGCUUUGAUGUAAGCUAUGUGAAUAUGGCUGCAUGCUCUAUCUAUGGGUAUACUAUAGUGGUCCCAGUGGCAUACUAUUUCUUCCUGCAGUAUAUGGGUUCAAAUGCUAGCCUUGUAAGGUUUUGGUGCAUGUGGGGGUAUUCCCUCACCAUUUUCAACAUCUCCUCUUUUUUGUUGAUAAUUCCCGUUGAGAUUCUUCGGUGGCUUAUAAUACUCCUUUCUGGGGGUGCGUCAGCUAGUUUUGUUGCCUUAAACCUGAGGUCUUACAUAGAAAGUGUUGAUCUUCAAGUGGCGGUUGUUGCCGCAUUUUUCUUGCAAAUAGCUUUGGCAGUCUUCAUCAAGGUUUGGUUCUUUGCAUAGCUAAAUGCACUGCAGUAGUGAAGAAUAAGACUCAAAUACUAUCCUUGUUAGCUCACUUCAUUGUCUAACUUCAUUCAAGACGUGAGAGGAAUUGUUUGAAGCAGAAUUGGUUUGGUUUUUUGGAUUUACUAGAAUGUAACUGAGAAGAAUUCCAGAGUAGUGUGGUUUCUGUAUCAGCUUGGUCUGAGUGUUGGUAUCAUUUAGGCCUUAAAGCCUAGUGGAAGACCAAUAUUUUGGAAGGAGAAGAUGAACAAUCAUUGAUUGUAAUAUCUGCGUCUAAAUGUUUAAGCUUCUUGCAUAUUUGUGUAAAUAUUCCACGUCAAGUAACUUUUGUAGUCGAUUUUGUUCUAAGAUGUAAAAAAAAAGUCUAUGUAGCUGUUUUGUGCGAAUCAAAGGCCAAUUGACCCCUUCCCCUCUCUUUUAAAGCAUUGAAAAAUUUGCA